AUGUCUUUCCUCGGACACGUGAUUUUCGGAGAAGGUGUAGCAGUUGACCCGGAGAAGGUAAAGGCAGUGGUGGAGUGGGCUUGGCUAACUAGCGUAUUCGAGAUUCGAUGUUUCUUAGGACUCGCUGGUUACUACCGACGCUUCAUCGAGGGUUUCUUGAAGCUAUCAGGACCACUUACUGCUUUGACUAAGAAGAACACUUGCUAUGUUUGGACGGAUGAGUGUGAGAAUAGUUUUCAAGAGCUGAAGGAGUGCUUGAUAACUGCUCCAGUGUUGGCCUUACCUUCGGGAUCUGGCAAUUUCGAAGUGUAUAGUGAUGCCUCUAAGAAGGGAUUAGGGUGCGGGCUUAUGCAGAAUGGCAAUGUUAUUGCCUAUGCUUCACGCCAACUGAAGACUUAUGAGCAGAACUAA